UGACUUUGACGAUCAGUAUUAUUAUUUUGACUCGGAGUAUUCUCAUUUCUAUCGGUCCGUCCCUGACUUUCAGUAUCUUGAGUUGAAACAUUUUCAGCUCUGUCAUUAUGAUCUGAGGAGGGGGUAGUACGACCGAGACCUCUUUGGUUUACACUGGUUUGCUGGUUUUUACUUUGCAUUCGGGCUUGUACAUACUCGCGUAUAGACCGAUUUAUGUAAAAUUUUGGCAGUUUAUUUUGAAUGGCCGUAUGGAUGAGUCUUGUAAAUUGCGCGUCUGUGCUUAAAACGUGUCCGUCAAAAUUGAGCGCAGUAAGGUCAAUUUGAUUUUCAUAGUCUUCCAAUGAUAGCAAAAGUUGUAAGUCAGAGUCUUCGAUGUCGAAUAAAAAUACAGAGUCAUUUAAAUCGUGAACGUCUUCAGGUACAGUGUCCGAAUCCCAUAAGAGCCUUUCCUGGAUAAUACAGAGAGAAAAAAGAGAACUAUACGUACUAAUAGUGAGUCUAUCAAACAAGUUUAUGGAUCACUAAAAUUCAUAUGACAUAUUAUGCAGCAGACUUAUAAACGAAAUUGCGUUAAAAUGAAUCAGUAUACUUACAAUGCUCAGUUUUAUUUGAACCAUGAGUCGUCGUCUAGCUGCGAUAAAGACAUUGUUCUGUAGAUUAUGUGCGAUGGUGAAGGCAUCAAGUUGACUUACGGUGUCAAUUUUAUUCAAAUGCUCAUUUAAAUCCAUGCCACUAUUUUUUUCGUAUGAAAUGCUUUUGAGCAGUAUUGAAUCGACUAUUUCCUUUGACCGCUUUGUCUUAAAUGAAUGAUAGUGGACAGAUCAUUGACAUGAUAUCUAUGAUAUAGGUAGCCAAUCGGUCAAUCAAUGUACUACAUGUGAAACAGGUAUGUGCGCAAGUCCUGUAUACCACAAUCGUGAUCAUCAAUAUUUGGCGGACUUUUUUGUGCGCCAAAAUAUUGAAUAAUUUGAUAGAUUUUAGUGAAUUAUUAGGUAAUUGUAAGUAAUACCACCUUGAUAACAUUGCACUUUCAAUAAAGAAAUAAAUUCACGUGUUUCUAAGUGACAGUCACAAACUGAUUAUAUGAUAAAUACAAAUAAGCUCUCUGGGAUUAUAUAAAAUUUUACCUUGUUAUGUUUGCACGACCCAGGUAAUAAUGAGCACCGAGAAUAGCCCACCACGUGAAUUUGGGCGGCAAAGUUGUCACGUUUUACACAGUACAAAUAGCAGGAAUUCACCGCCUGACCGUCACUUGUUCUUGUUUGCUUGCAUCGACAACCGGAAGGCUACAAAGAUGACACUACCUCUAAGACUAGCUGUUCUGACAGAAAUUCAAAAAGUACGAAAUGUUGUCGGAGGCAUUGAUCCACACCAGCUGCACUUAAUAAAUGGGGCAAAAGAUGGUUUGAUGAGGUUGAUUGAACCCGAUACGAGAGUAAUCGUUAUAGAAAUGGACUUUUCGAUGACACCGCCGCCUCAAUUGAGGGUAUGGGGUAAAACAGUGAAGGCGAUUACCAACAUCCUAGACGCGACACCUAGGGGAGAAAAGUUCCACUAUAGAGUUGAGGGUGUCUCUCUAAGAGAGGGCCGCGAGGAACACCCGGGUCUGACAAUGUAUAGAGGCCAGUCGGGCCUUCAUGUAGCAAAUGGAUUUGGGUGUGAUACAGAUGCCAUCAUCACGUAUGACGAGUUGCGGUUUACUUUAAUACCGCACAGCUAUGAAGAACCAGCUGAGCAAUUUGUUGAACCUGUGUUUACUGCCUUAAAACGGGCAUUCGCAGUUGCUGAUCAAGACGUUGGUAUAUACCUUCAGAUACACGUUGAUGCACUACCAACGUACGGCGCGGGAAAGGAAUUAACAAAGGCAGACAGAAAAAUCGUUGAGAGAUGUUGUAUAAAAGACCCCGUGUUCACCCAUUUCGUAUCGAUGAGAAUUUGGGCGGGGAGUUGUUACAAUACGAUACUUAUGAGUUGCGCCGUAGCUAUUGCCCACGUGACUUUGGGGUUGAACCCCCCGGGAGGAAUGUUAGCAAGCUUUGAGGUAGAGCGGUCUGUGUUUAGGCGGGUUGGUGAUCGCCAACAACUUGUUGCAGGAUGCACAAUGGACUGGAUAAACGGUCCCUCACUACAGGGUCACCAGGUCAGUUUAACAGACGCCUUCAGGACAUUUUUAGAAGAUAGUCAGUGGGUCGUGCAAGGCAGAUACAUGCACCUACGAGGGACAUUUGGCCCAGGACGAGUACCUAUCAAAGACCUAGGUAACAUCCAAUAA